AUGGAAGGAAAAUUAGACUCAACCCAGAAAGGCGAAAAAGAAGCAGAUGAGUCCCACGAUGAACAAAUUCAGAUAUUGGGUUGUUCGAUCACAGAUCUUCCGAGUCCCAUUUUGGUCAGUAUUCUGACAAGACUCCCUGUAAAGAAUAUUCUCAUUUGCAAGUGCGUAACCAAAACUUGGGUCAGUCUAAUUUCUGACCCUCAUUUCGCCAAGCUGCACUUUGCCCGGGCAGAGCCCAGUGCUGUGCUUCGAACGGCCUUUAAUUCAAUGUUUGUGUCAAGAUUGCUUUACUUGGUUGAGCCUGAGAGGUGCAACAAUUUUGUUCAUUGUGACCAUCAUGUUAACAUGAAGCUUGAAACCAAAUUGAAGAUCCUAUUGCGCAAUGUUGACAUGUUUCGUGAAGUUAUAGCUCGUAAUGCCCAAAUGCGUUCCCUCCUCCCUAAAGGCAGUCGGGUUAAAAGGAAGCGCUGCCCCAAGUUUGACCCCAGUGAUUAUGUGUUAAAAAUUGUGAAUUCAUGCAAUGGUUUGCUUUGCUUGUCUGAACCAAAACGUAAUAAACCUGUUGUUGUGUUUAAUCCAAUCACGGAUUAUAGCCUAAAAUUUCCCACCUAUCUGAAUGGAGGGCUUCAUUGGGUAUGGCAUGAUGGCAGAAGAUCUGAUCAUAUAGUUUCUUUUAACUUCGACGACGAGCAGCUCCAAUCAGUUCCCUUGCCGCCUCUUGAAAAUGAUAACACUAAUGUGUCUAUGGGAGUACUAGAAGGCUGUCUAUGCAUAAGUGACUCCUCCAGUUGUGAUUCUGUUCACGUAUGGGUUUUGAACAAUUAUGGUGCUCCACAAUUUUGGACAAAAGUGUUUUCUCUCAAUAGCCUGCCUGAUGGGAGGUCAUCUAAUUGUUUAUAUCAGCCAAUAAGUUACCAAAAAGAUGGGGCAAUAUUGAUAUUUGAUUCAUCUGGAAGUGCUCUGAUUUAUUAUGACCCUGAAGGACCACAAUUCAGAUAUCUUAAGAUUGAUGGGGUUAAAUUAAAAUUUGAAGCAAUCGCUUAUGUUCCAAGCUUUAUUUCACUUAAAGACACUGUGGUUGGAGAGUGCUGUGGUGCUAAAUAUCAGUUCAAGUUCAUUAAGGUUUAUUCUGAAGCAGUGGAAAGGGCUUUGAUGUUGGAGGCUGAUAAUAAAGAGAAGGAUGCAAGAAGAGAACAGUUGAAGCAAAAGAGGGGUACAGGGCCAUCUUCAGAGGGAUCUUCUUGGAAGAGGAACAAGAGUGGUUCAUUUCAGUUUCAGGGGUAG